CUAACGGUGUGUCACCCGUCUCCGCGGACACAGCGCACGCUUCUUCCGUUGCGCAGCCCUCCUUUGUGAAUCGCGCUGUGUCUGCGCACGCUUCUCCCGUCGCGUCGUCUCCAUGGAGGCGAGUUAAACAUCGCAGAGAGCGACGCGUUACUUCCGGGUUCGCAGAUGAGUCGUGAUCCUGCAGCGGAGAUGAAGAACCACCGGGACCGAGCGGAGGAGAAGUAACCGAGAAGAGCGAGGAGGUGCCGGCCGUCAGGGAGGAGAGAGUCCCGGGGGAGGAACCGAGCUGACAGCGGAGGACUGGAACCGAUAACCUUCAACUGGUGAAACUCACUGGAACCAAUAACUUCCACUGGAUUAAAUAACCUUCAACUGGUGAAACUCACUGGAACAGAUAACUUCCAAUGAAAAAGAACCUUCAACUGGUAAAACUAACUGGAAAGAAUAACUCUAACUAGAACCAAUAACCUUCAACUGAUGAAACUCACUGGAACAGAUAACUUCCACUGGAUCAAACAACCUUCAACUGGUAAAACUAACUGGAAAGAAUAACUUUCACUGGAUCAAAUAACCUUCAACUGAUAAAACUCACUGGAACAGAUAACUUCAACUAGAUCAAACAACCUUCAACUGGUAAAACUAACUGGAAAGAAUAACUUCCACUAGAUCAAAUAACCUUCAACUGGUAAAACUCACUGGAACCAAUAACUUCCACUGAAAAAAUAACCUUCAACUGGUAAAACUAACUGAAAAGAAUAACUUUCACUGGAACCAACAACCUUCGUGCAGCUCUGCAGUGUUUUGGUGGAGUCCCACCCUCGAUGAGGAUUCUCUCUGCUCAGGUGAUUGACCUCAGAUCCUCCAGGUGAUCAACAGCAAAACCAACCGCCCCAAUGGAGAAAUACGAGAAACUGGCCAAAAUUGGCGAGGGCUCCUACGGCGUGGUGUUCAAGUGCAAACACAGGGACACGGGUCAGGUAGUGGCCAUCAAGAAGUUCGUGGAGUCCGAGGACGACCCGGUGAUCAAGAAGAUCGCACUGAGAGAAAUACGUAUGCUGAAGCAGCUGAAACACGUGAACCUGGUCAACCUGCUGGAGGUGUUCAGGAGGAAGAGACGGCUCCACCUGGUGUUUGAGUUCUGUGAGCAGACGGUUCUCAACGAGCUGGACAAGCACCCCCGAGGGGUCCCUGAGGCUCAGCUGAAGAGCAUCGUGUGGCAGACGCUGCAGGCGGUCAACUUCUGCCACAAACACAACUGCAUCCACCGAGACGUGAAGCCCGAGAACAUCCUCCUCACCAAAACCGGAGUCAUCAAGCUCUGCGACUUCGGCUUCGCCCGCAUCCUGACAGGACCAGAGGAUGACUACACCGACUACGUGGCGACCCGCUGGUACCGGGCCCCGGAGCUGCUGGUGGGAGAUACCCAGUACGGGCCUCCUGUGGACGUGUGGGCUCUGGGCUGCGUCUUCGCUGAGCUGCUCCACGGGAACCCGCUCUGGCCCGGGAAGUCCGACGUGGACCAGCUCUACCUCAUCCGGAAAACUCUAGGUGACCUGAUCCCUCGUCACCAGCAGGUCUUUCGCUCCAACGUGUUCUUCAGUGGAGUCAGUAUUCCUGAGCCGGACACAACGGAGCCGUUGGAGAAGCGUUUCCACGGAGGCUCCUCUCAGGCCCUCCACGUCAUGAAGUCGUGCCUGGUGAUGGACCCGUCUCACCGCCUGUCCUGUGAGGAGCUGCUGGAGCUGCCGUAUUUCCAGGAAGAAGGAGGAGCCAACUGGGGCCGCGAGGUCGAGCGCCCGGGAAGACGACACGACAAAGGCUCCCGUCGGCGGCAGGCCGGGGCCCAGUACCUGCCUCAGUUACCAAACAGCAACAUCUCACCAGCACCGGAUGUGAAGAAACUGGUGAAGCAUAAAUAUCACCUGCCCAACAUCUAGCAAACGCUUUACCACCUGCUCCACGUGUUCAGGACCGAGUUCGGUCACUGAUCAUAUUAAACAUCAUAUUAAUUUAAUAAUCAUAUUAAACAUCUCACAGGCGUAAGAAUCACCGGUGUGCCAUCAUCACUCAGACACAUGGACCAGAAUUCUCUCAUUCUCUGGCAAACUCAGUGUAAACAGCUGAUUCAUCUAUUUAACCAGUAAAAAUAUAUAACUUCAAUAGAAUAUAUUUGUGGAUAUGUUUUAUUAUAGGAAACAGUAUAUGCUGAAUAAAUGCAUUAUCUUUAGAUUCUGUAAACGUGUUGUAAACUUUGUUCUAUUAAAACAAUAAUAAACUGCGGCACAAUAUUUUGCACCUAAUACUUGACGUGUAAGAUCUUAACCAAGUCUUAUUAAGGUUUAAUAGAACCUGCCAUGACAACUGAUACUCCGGGUUCCUCACACGCUUCAGCCUCAGUGUCGGACAAUGAUCCCUUAAGUCUGACACCGACGUUCACUCUGUUGCUCUGGAACACACAUCUACACACUUCUACACACUUCUACACACUUCUACACACUUCUAAACACUUCUAAACACUUCUA